AUAAGUAAUUAUGAUGUAAAUGAAGUCUGCAUAUCAAGAGAUCAAAGUCCGUUUGAAACUCAUUUGAUUAACUCAAGACACCAUUCAUUUUCCCGAUAGUAAUCACUACCCGUUUUUGACAAGGAAGUGACUUCGUGAUCACAAUAUCUGAAAACUACCUCCAGUAUCUGACAAGUUAUUUCUUCCAACCUUUGCCCAGUUAACGACAAUCGCUCCUCUUGACAGCAGCGCUUGAGCCAGGACCAUUAUUUGGAAAAACACACUUCGCGAAGGGAAUAAAGACUGUAUCAAAGGCGAAGAGCGACUCGAGCACACUAGGAAGUGAACUAACUCGUAUGGACAGAGAUACGCGUUUCUCUAACUUUACCGAAAAUAUCAUUUUGAAUGUUCACUUUUUCUACUGCACAAGGUCAUAGGUGAUAUAAAGAAGGAGGUGGGUGAUGAGAUGCCAUCUGAAAAAAUUUGUCCUGUUCGCAGCUGGUCUUUUCAUUUUGACCAGCGUCUACAUGUACAUGCAGAGAGCAGAAUCAGGACACCAAAAGGGUUCACUGAACUGGACGUGGGAUAGAGAGACUUGGGUUGAAGAUCUUAAGAGCCAUUACCUGCAUUUCAAUGUUUCUGUUAAAGUUCUGGCAGGAGUCCUCCAGCAGUCCAAGAAGUACCUUACAGUGGGCCUCUCGUCUGUGAAGAGGGAAAAGGGCAGUUAUCUUCAGGACACACUUCAGUCAAUCUUCUUCGAGUCCUCAGAGGAAGAACUGGAUCAAAUGGUGGUCGUCGUCCUUCUCGCUGACUUUGAUGUGAGCUGGAUCCGGGAGACCUUACAGAAAAUUAUAGAUCAGUUCCACCUGCGGCUGUCAAAAGGUCAACUGCUGGUUAUCCAUGUCAAUGAAGAUAACUAUCCUCCCCUUACUGGACUGAAGAGGAACUUCAAUGAUGCUCCCGACCGUGUGUCCUUCCGGUCGAAGCAAAACGUGGACUACUCCUAUUUGCUCCAUUUUAGCAGUAACCUCUCCCAAUACUAUAUCAUGCUGGAGGAUGAUGUGAGCUGUGCAAAGAACUUUCUCUCCAGUAUUCAUGAGCACAUCCGUUCGAUGGACUCGAAGUGGGUCACACUGGAAUUCUCCAAGUUGGGCUACAUCGGAAAACUCUACCAAUCCAAAGAUCUGCCCAUUCUGGCCCGUUUCCUUUAUAAUUUCUACCAAGAGAUGCCCUGCGACUUCCUGUUGUCGCAUUUUCACAGAUUGUUGAUGCAGGAUAAAGUAAUUCGUUUCCGCCCAUCUCUGUUUCAGCACAUGGGCACUUACUCGUCAUUUAGGGGGACGUACAAUCACCUAAAGGACGAGGACUUUGUCAAAGAAGUUGCUGAUAACCCUCCAGCAGACAUUCGCACAAACAUUGAGAAUUUUAAGACCAAUGUAGCCGAAAAGGCUUACAGCCAAGGUUCAGGCUAUUUCUGGGGUGUGUCCCCUAUUGGCUCAGAACACUACUUUUUAGUGGCCUUUCAUAAACCUGUUCUCAUCUCUCGUGUCUGCAUACGAACAGGAUUAGAAGGAAAAGAUGAGCUGGUCUAUGCUGAUGUGGAACUUGGAAAAACUCUGGUGAAAACGGAGUCGGGGCUGGACUGCUCGGGAUUUCACAAACUGGGCUCUCUUAAGAAAGGCCAGUUUAAUGAACCAGAUGUCCAGAAAUUUGUGCCGGAACCCGUGGCAUGUUUACGAAUCCAAGUCACCGCACCCCAACUGGAAUGGGUUAUCAUAGACAAGAUCCACGUCUGGACUGUUAAAGCUGACAAAACCAUGAGAAUUGUUUCUAAAGCUGUGCUGCGUCAGAAAUGAAUUCUUUAUCAUCACUGACGAAGAUCUGAAUCUUUAAAAUAGACAAUAUGUGUGUGAGGAUCAGGGAUAUUAUUAUAGCCUAAACUAAAACCAAAAACGUAACCCUCUACAGCACAGCGUUGUCCUCAGGCAACGGAAAGUUUUCUUAAGCCCUAUGUUUAGUCAAUUUUUCUUUAAAUGAUUACAACCAAUUAGAAAGUUUGAGAAAGUACCAAAGAACAGUCCAGUAAGGUGUUAGAGUCACUAUCAAGCACCAUUUAAAGGUGGGACAUCCUGUUCUGACACAUGGUCACAGGAGCACAUGGUGUGAGAAGAAGACAAGAUUAUUUGCUUUAGUAAUCUUAUUUAAAAUGACAUAACCUGUACAUAAAAAAUAUAUGUUUGUGUAUGAAGGUGUAGAGAAGCCAUUUGUCAGGUUUUAUGAAGUUUUUUUUUAUUUUGCAUGUUCAGAAUUCAGUUUUUCUUUUCGUUGCCUCAGGGCAACAUUGUGUGAUAAGGGGUACUUUUCAAGGAUGUUUUGGACAAUACCUCACAUUGGCCAUAAUGUGUUAUAUGAAGGGAAGAUGCAGGGUUUCUGGGUGUGCAGGAACACCCAAAGUGAUGUGAAUUUUUUUUUUUUUUUUUAUCAAUAAAAUGUUCCCAAAUGAACCAAAAAAUUAUGUGGAAUAUUUUUUUUCAUGUGCCAUCAACAUGUGUGCAGUAGAGGGUUAAAAAAACUUUUUGUUAACUGAAAAAACAAAAACAAACCUUUAUUUCAGUUAGUUACCAAGGCAAAAUUUCUUGUUUUCCUUUAAUAACUUGAAAUAAAAAUAUACAAAAUUUCAUUCAAAAUAUCAAUAAAAACUGUAAUUGUCUUUAUACUGCAUAAAAUAAUUGUAUUAAUUUGUAUUUUUACUGUGUUUGAAGUAAAAUAUUGAGAAGCAAAAGCAGAAUUAAACAGGAUAUUCAAACUUUCAGAAAAUAUAUUUUGAAUAAAGUUAAUUUUUCUUACCCAUUGUAAAAUAUUUUGUUAUUGUUUUAAAUUUAACUUUUAAAUAAAUCAUUUCGGAGUGUCUAGCCUGUCUUGUUGGCCAAGGCUAUUUACACAAACUCCACCCACCAAUGUCUGGUUGAGCCACACAAAAUUAAAAAAAGACGUGCAACGUCUGCAGUGGUGUAGGCUGUAAGGGAGUAUGGCGCAUGAGAGUAGCUUUUGACGCGAUCAAGCUUUUGAUGCGCCUUUUGCCAAACUCGUUCUUCUCCCUUUUCCCAUCACAAAUCAAAUUGGAGAGGCAUUUGUUUUCAAUAAAAAUGAAGAAAAUAAAAGUGGAAAUAAAGUG